GUGUGAUUCACAAUCGGCAUACGUACAUCGCGCGUUUCGAGAAAAUGUCAAAAUAAACGUGAUUUUUAAACUUUUUAAACAUUUUAUAUGCGGUCGCUUUUGUUCUCAAAAAGAAUGUAAAUUGCUUUGUCUUCCAGUUCACCUUUUUUUUCUCUAUGUUGAAAAGAAUUAACAAUCCACAAUUCCAUAUGGCUACGGAUGCUGCAGUUGGCUGCAGUGCGCACACGUGCGCGAGACAGAGCUAUGCACACAUUUAAAAAUGGCGCUCUUCAGCCGUGCCAAUUCGAAUGCCCUUUCGUUGUUAAAUUAUUGUUAUUGCAAAAAGUUCGCAAUGAGCACGAGAUUAAAAUCGCGUAGUCACACCUUAGUGUCGUCGACCGGUCAAUACAGGAAUAAUAAACUAAGUGAGUCACUUGAGGUUAUACGUACUGAAGGUACAGAAUCUACACUCGAGGCUGAAAUCUUUAAGAGGAGAGAUGAAGCGUGUCGAAGCUUAUUAAUACAAGUUUACUCGUACAAGUCACACAACGAUCUUCACAGCUAUUGUUCGCAAUUUGGUGACAUCUUGAGUAUGCAUCACUAUCAAAUAAAUAAUCAACAUAAUUAUAUCUUGGUCGAGUUUAAAAACAAAAUGUCAGUAGACAAUGUUAUGUUGUCUGCUUCCUUUGUUAAUGAAGACAUUAUUCCUAUGAAAUCGUCGGUAUUAUGGUUUCGUAAAGGACAAGGUGUUGCCAUAAAGAAAAAGAAUCAAAAGAUACCUCUGUCUGUGGAGAAUGGUUGUUCUUUGCCUACUGAGAACGAUAUUGCAAAAACAUUACAUAAUACGAAAUCGAUAUCAGGGCAGAUAGUACUUCUCUACGAGACAUUAAAAUUAACCGAUUUAGAAGUAAGACUGCGAUUUCACAUUGCUGAUCACUUAGAGCAAUACUUUUCUAGGAUAUUUCAAAACCUGAAGGUUCUGCCAUUUGGCUCCUCUCUAAAUGGUUUUGGAAGGAAAAGGUGUGAUCUUGAUUUAGUACUUGUUCCCGCUGAAAUUGACAAACAAAAUACCACGAAUAGAUUAGUAUUUCACACAAAGUCCAUGAGACAUAGCGACAGAAGUGAUACGAAAGAGUUUUUGGGAAUACUUGCAAAAAGUAUGUAUCACUUCAUCCCAGGAGUUCAUAAUGUAAGAAAGAUCCUGGAGGCUCGGGUACCUAUAAUCAAAUUCCGCUAUGAUUACACGGAUACUGAAUGUGAUUUAAGUGCAACAAAUAUGACUGCUGUAUAUAUGACCGAAUUAUUAAAUUUAUAUGGAGAGAUAGAUUGGCGGGUAAGACCACUUGUUAUAGCAAUACGGGUAUGGGCAAAGAGUCAGAAAAUAACAUCCGACGCACCAGGACCGUGGAUAACAAACUUUCCUCUUACAUUACUAGUGCUAUUUUACUUGCAACAGAAAAAGAUAUUGCCGUCCUUGAAAAUGUUAAAGUCGUGUGCAACACGUAAUGACAUUCGGUGUGCGAAGGAUGGCAUUGAUUGCACCUUCCUGCGAGAUAUCAAUAAAUUGCCGAUCGAUUACAAGUAUUAUGGGUCAAAUCAGGACAGUUUGGAAACGCUUCUGUACGGCUUCUUUGAGUAUUAUUCAACGUUCGAUUUUCAUACGAAUGGGAUAUGCAUCCGCGAAGGUGCGCAGAUUCGAAAGCCGUCCCGUUUGCCACUCCAUAUUGUUAAUCCCUUAGAAACGACGUUGAACGUCUCAAAAAAUGUAAAUAUCUACGAGUUGAAUCGUAUAGUUUCCAAGUCGCACGAGGCGAUUUACAUGUUGGAGACUGCUGAUAAGUCCAAAAGUAACAAUUGGGGUAUCAUGCCUUUGUUAAAUAUAAAUCUGAAAAAAUUAAAUAGGUUAGAAGAACAGAUCGAAUAUUUGGAAAAUCAAGAUGAAAUUUCCGACAAGUUCGAAGUUAAUAUUGGUGAGACAAAGACAGAGACAGUAUGAUAGAUAGCCGGACAAGAGUAGCGCCAAAAUUUGUAUUUUAUCUCUGCAGAAAUACAUACACUGUAUAUAUUUAUUGCACGUGAGAUUUUCCAUUUUAUACCAAUGAUUUGGUAUUACGAUGACGCCAGAAAAAUAAAGACGGUUUAUCCGACAAGAAGGAAGAUAGAAAAAACAAAUUUUUUAUUGCGGUCGAUUGUAUGUACUAUACUAUGAAUACGUGAAAAUAAAAAAGAAAUGUACAUAAAAUCGACUAUUGCGUAUAAAAAUGAAUUAUUAUUACUUAAAUAAAUAUGUGUAUAUAAAAUA